AUGGAUUGGGCCCACCAGGUCCACCUCCUCGGCGGCUCCAGGCUCCAACCGACGCUCAGCUUCACGAACCGCAGGAUAGCUCACGAAAGUCCCGCGCUACCAAGAUGCACUCCCAGCCCGAGGAUGUCCCGGAAGUUAUCGCGCGACACAAAGCAUGAUGUGCUCGGCUAUCGCCCUCCCAGAGAGGCUCGGCAAGCCGUCGGGAGCAGCGACCACUUUGGAAAUUGGCAUCACAAGCUCAGUGAAUCUGGGGACCCCGCAAGUGAUCCGACGAGUUGGGUGCGCCUGACCAAGCCCCCGCGUGGUCGGAGGCCAAUGAGGACUGCCCCUUAUCCUCUUGGCACAGGCGUGAGUUCAGUUGAACGGGGGCCCCGCUGGGACUUCGAGUCUGUUCUGGCCAGCUCUCCCAUGGAUCCCUCGUGUCGCGCUGCGUCCCUGCUGCGUGUCAAUACACGCGAAUGCAACGACGUUUGA